GGAAGCGCUCCGUGCCGUAGAAGCAGCGCGUCUUUUUUGCGCCUGCGCACAAGCUCGACUUCCUUUUCGACAUCCCGAUCGAGAGAGACGAGAUGGGCCAUCAGCAGCUCUACUGGAGUCACCCGAGAAAAUACGGCCAGGGAUCCCGAUCCUGCCGGGUUUGCUCAAACAGACACGGUCUGAUCCGCAAAUACGGACUCAACAUGUGCCGUCAGUGCUUCAGACAGUACGCUAAAGAUAUUGGCUUUGUCAAGCUGGACUAAAUUUAUAGACGGCCGAACUUCCAUGAUGUGAGGUCGACGUCCUCCCGCGCACCAUCCUGACAUGGAGUUACUGUGGAAAACUCAAUAAACAUUUUUUUGUUUCUGUUAAGAAGUUGCAGUGUUUUCCUUUAUUAUAGAAGGGUUAUGAACUGAAAAUUCAGUAAAUCAAUGGAUUAUUAGCUUUGUUUUUUAUAAUUUUCAUAAGCAUUGAUUGGGAACACCUAAACAUGCAUCUGGAGAAGGUCUUGGUUAAUGAUGCUUGUCUAAAGUUGAAAUAAAAAUGAGUUUGGUUGCA